AAAGGGAAGCGACUGUCCGUGUGUGUGAGCUAGAAAUACGAUAUUGCUAGUCUCCCAAAAAGUUGAUCCGGAACCGGUUACAAUAACCACAUUAGUUUUCACAAGUUUUGUGAGUGUGGAAAAUUGGAAAAAGCCAUCUAGACACCCAGGCUUAUUAAUGUGGCCGGCCACCAUCAAAUCAGGCCGCGCCACGUUGUGAAAGGUGUUCCCGUCUUGUGAUCGUCAUCCAGUAUCCUGUCCAGCCGAAGCCGCCCCGUUACCGUCAUCAGUUCCAGCCCAGAAUAUCCCGGAAGUGCACCAACGCAGCGAACGGCCGCAACGUAACCGAAAUAUUAUAGAUACCACAAUGGCAGAGUCGGAUGCUAGUGUUAAAAGUUUCUAUAAGAACAAAAACAUCCUCAUAACCGGAGGAACGGGAUUUCUUGGAAUUGCCUUGAUCGAAAAAGUUUUGCGCGCAUGUCCAGAGGUCGGCGGAAUCUAUUUACUAAUGAGGCCCAAGAAAGGAAAAGAAAUCAACGAACGAAUCGAAGAACUCACAAAAAAUCCGGUCUUUGAAACAUUACUUCAACAAACUUCCCCAGAAGUAUUCAGUAAACUGUAUGCGAUUGCUGGCGAUGUUGGGGAAGAAAAUUUAGGAAUAUCUAAAGACGAUCGUAGCACAUUAGCCAAAACCAUCGAUGUAGUUAUUCAUUCGGCUGCAACUUUAGAUUUCCAAGCCAACCUAAGGCCAACAGUUCAAAUCAAUCUGUUAGGAACGCGAAGAGUAAUGCAACUCUGCCAGGAAAUGCAAAACUUAAAAUGCAUGGUCCACGUGUCAAGCGCAUACGUAAAUGCCUAUCUGAAGGAAGCCGACGAGAAACUUUAUCCUGUCCAUGAGAGCGCUGAGAAAGUUAUAGAUCUUGUCAAUACAUUGACCGACGAUGCGUUAGAUCCACUGACUGAUCGGCUGUUGGGAGAGCAUCUAAACACCUACACUUUCACUAAGCACUUGGCAGAGCAUGAAGUAGCAAAAUGUACCGCGCUCUUCCCUUGCGGCAUUGUAAGACCUAGCAUGAUAACUGGAGCCUGGAAAGAGCCUGUGCCCGGAUGGACAAUUUCAAAAAAUGGACCUCAAGGUUUUCUUAUGGGAGCAGCAAAAGGUGUAAUUCGCAGACUGCCGGUCGGAACGGAACUCAUUUACGACUACAUUCCAGUAGACAUAGUGGUGAAUCAAAUACUUGUGACGGGAUUUUACAUAGCAAAGAAUGGGUUGAAGGAAUUGUCCAUCUUCCAUUGUACAUCCAGCACAUGUAAUCCAUUCAGAUGGAUUUCUGUGAAGGAUCAGAUUAACGAAUAUUUACAUAAGUAUCCGUUAACCUCAGCAAUUUGGUAUCCUCAUCUGAAAUUUCUACCAAACUUGUGGUCAUACAAGAUAGCAGCCAUUUUUGUUCAUUUCCUACCAGCGUAUUGUCUGGAUUUGUUAACGAAAUUGUUCGGAGGAAGACCGAUAUUGGUGCGAUUACAUACGAAUGUUUGGAAAUCACUCAACACACUCGAAAAAUUUAUUUUCAAUGAAUGGAAAUUCAACAACAAAAAAACACUGGCACUUUCUAAAACGUUAUCUCGUGAAGAUGAUGAACUUUUCAAAAUAGAUAUUUCUGAGCUGAAAUGGCCCGAAUAUUUUGUAUCUUUGGCACAAGGAGUAAGACGCUACUUGCACAAUGAACACCCCAAAACGUUGGCAGCAGCUCGCAAAAAGGACUCAAUACUCUAUUUCGUUCAUGCAAUCUUCCAAGUAUUCAUCCUUUCUAUGAUAUGGAUGGUAACCUCGAAGCUUCUAGGUUUACCGAUGCUCAUAUGCACAAUAUUGGUUGCCAUAUUGUACAUUCUUAUGAAAUUGUUAUAAGCAUUUAACUGUUAUAAGCAUUGUUUGACCUAAAUAUUUAUCGUGUUUGGUGAAAUUUUGUUAUUCGUUAGUAUUAACAUAUUGAACGGUAAAUGGCGUGGUAAUAAAAGUUGUGAAACAGGUGA